AGUAACUUUAAGGCUGGGAAUGUGUUGAGGUCACAACAACAAGCAAAGAAACUUGAUGUUACAGGAGUGUUUGGAGCAUCCUGUCGUCAUGAAAUGCCCCUAAUGUUUGUUAACAUGAGCCAAGGAGAACGAUUAGCCUAUCCCCUGUAUGUUAUUGAUGCGUUACUUCAAAGAUGUGAGGACAAGAACAUACACCUGCGAGUAGUCUAUGACAUUGCCUGUGUUGUUGCCUCACAUUUGCAGGGGAGGGCAUACCACACAACAUCUCCUUGGCCGUACCAGCAUUUCAUGUUUAUGGACACAAAUUGCCCUGCCAGAUUUGCCAGAGUCACAAAGGAGAUGACUCCAUCUCAUCGCCUUGACCUACUGACUGAUGCCCUUUUGCAUUAUGGAUGGAGCAAAUCAACUGACCUAGAAGUGCAGCUCCUGCAAAGACUAGACAAAGCAGAGAAAAUAUCGAUUCUCGCUCAAGAAGAUAUCUCAUCAGUCAUCAGAGAGGCACCAGUGUUGGUUUCUGAAGGAGACAUGGAGAGAUGGAAAAAAAGGGAGAUGGAGCUAGCCCAACAGAAACAGAAACCAAUAAACACUGUCUGUAGAUGGAAAAGGGACUACAUCAUCAGACUGAUUCAGUUCUACAAGUUCAAAUCUGGGACUCGUGAGUCACACAAGGAGGGUGAAACAGAAAUUGAGGACUCUCUGCAGAACAUGGAGAAAAAACACCGCAUUAGGAGAAGAUGGCAAGAGUCUGAUUCAGACUUCCAGUCUACUCUUAAAGAUGUGGAGCGUGAGCUCAGAGCUCCAACUGAUCUGCAAGGCUAGAACUGAAUCAAGGGAGAGAGAGCAGUCCUCCUCCACCUGAAAAGAAAGUAUCCAGAUGGGCAGGGCAUUGCCAUUAGACUCUCCAAGCAGGUAGCCAGCUCCAACAAGAGACUGAGACAGGCAAUAAAAGAAUACAACAGCAUUCAAUGGCCCCCGCAGAUGAGCAUCUUCCCUGCGACAAUUGAUUUUCAGGAAGCAUGUGAUCCCUCUUGACAUGUCUACUUCUGCUUUGAUGACACUAUUGAAGAAGAUGAUAUUUCGAGGAGUCUAAAAAGGCGAGGGAUUGAUGCCUUACAUAUGAAGGCUCGGGAAGCUGAGGAAAAGCGCAUGCUUUACCAGGAAAUGAGAAGUGUAACCGAACACCUCCAUCAGCAGCAUGCCUUUCUGUGCUCUGCCAUCAAAGACACUGAGCAGCCUGGUGCAAAAGCUGCUCUCAUUCAACGUCUCCAUCAGCUGGAAAGAAAACGACAUCAAGCCAUUGUGAUGUUUCACCCACAUGUACCAGACAUUGUUCCUGCAGACAACCCCCACUUGUGUGAGGCCCUCCCCAUGCCAAGCAUACACACACUGGUAUACAAUGAUGAUAGUGAUAAUGAUGACAAUGAGGAUGACAGUGAGGAUGAAUAUGAUAACUAGCACUGCAGAUUUUUUUUAAAUUUCCAGUUGAAUCCUUUGAAACAAAUACUGUAUAAGUUUGUAAAAAAUAAAAUGUUUUCCACAAUGA